AUGAACGUCGUGAAGAGAGCCUCCCUGUGCCAUGCGUCAUUGGCUCCACAUCCCGUCCAUGAGGACUUACUGCUCACAGGGAAGGCCCUCUUACCCCGGCGGCAGUCCAUCCGGGGACGCGCUUCCUCUCGCUUCCUCUCCGGGCGCAUUUGGCGUCCUGAUGGGCGCGAGCCUCGCCGGAACCACGACUGUGGCAGGGACCGCGACCCGCUCAGCAUGUCCAACCCCAGCGUGUCACUGCUGCUGCGGUCGCAGGGCCAGUGGGUGCAGGUGGGCCGGGCACGGGCAGGGCUGUGCGGGGCGCAGGAACCGAGAGAGUCCUCCAGCCAUGGACCUAGCAGCCACAACUGCCAGGAUGACGACUUCCUGGGGGGCAUGGAGUGCACCUUGGGGCAGGCACCGCAGUCAGAGGUCAAGGGUGUGGACACUGGUUUCAAAUCCCCGUGCGGUGACCUUGAGCCAGUUCCUGACCUCUGCCUGAACCUCCUCAUUUGGGGUCCCACCCUGGAGAAGGGCCCAGGGCUGCACUGCUGCCUAGGGAGGUCCGGGGGUCCAGAUGCCUCCACGCAGGCCAGGCUAGGGGUAGGCCACCUGCAGCCUGAGGGCCCCACGGCGGGGUCACAAGCUCAGCUGUGGCUUCUCCCAGCCUUGGUGACAGCCAAGGACAUCUCCGCAAACAGCCGCUAUGUGGAGCUCUCCUUCCGGGCCAGGAAGCUGGACCACAAGGACCUCUUCAGUAAGUCGGACGCCUUCCUGGAAAUGUACCGGGUCAGUGAUGGCCACAGUGAGCAGCUGGUAUACAGGACGGAGGUGGUGAAGAACAACCUGAGCCCCACGUGGGAGCCCUUCAAGGUGUCGCUGAACUACCUGUGCAGCUGUGAGGAGACGCGGCCUCUGAAGGGCCUGGGCUCCUGGGCUCCACGGUGUCUCGUCUGGGACCACAACUCCUGUGGGAAGCAUGACUUCAUUGGAGAGUUCACCACCACCUUCAUAGAGAUGAAGAAAGCCUUUCGGGAGGGCCAGGCCCAGUGGGACUGUGUGAGCACCAAGUACAAGCAGAAGAAGCGAAAUUACCAGAACUCUGGAGUGGCCAUCUUGGUGGAGCUGAGGCUCUACAGGGUGUCCUCUUUCCUGGACUACAUCAUGGGCGGCUGCCAGAUCCACUGCACCAUAGGUUCUUGGGUGGCCAUCGACUUCACAGCCUCCACUGGGGACCAGAACAGCUGCUCCCUGCAUCACAUCAACCCCUGCCAGCCCAACGAGUACCUGCAGGCCCUGGUAGCCGUGGGCGAGGUCUGCCAGGAUUAAGACAGUGACAAGAGGUUCUCUGCUUUGGGGUUUAGAGCCUGAGUCCCUCUCAACUUUGAGGAGUCCCAUGACUUUGCCAUCAAUUUCAACCCUGAGGAUGAUGAGUGCGAAGGAAUCCAGGGUGUGGUGAACGCCUACCAGAACUGCCUGCCCGGGGUCCAGCUCUACAGCCCCACCAACGUGGCAUCCAUCAUCUCCAAGGUGGCCCACAUGGCAGCGGCGGAGGAGUGCACCGGGGAGGCUUCUCAAUACUACAUUCUGCAAAUCCUGACGGACAGCGUGGUGAGCAAUACGGCAGACGUGCGGGAGGUCAUCGAGCAUGCCUCCCACCCGCCCACGUCUGUCAUCAUCGCAGGUGUGGGCAACACUGGCUUCACGGAUACGCAGGCCCUGGACAGGGGAGCCGCCGGUGUCCCUCACUGCCCGAGGGGCGAGCCCACAGCCCGAGACAUCGUGCAGUUUGUGUCCUUUCGGGAGCUCAAGAAGGUGAGGGUAAGCACCUUGUCACCACCCCACACGUGUGUGCUGGCCAAGGUGCCCAAGCAGCUGGUGGCAUAUUACAGCCCCAAGGAGCUGCCUCCACGAGGACUCACUGCCCGUGCCCGAGACGGAGAGAAGCGACCCCAGAACCUCCGGCUCGGGCCCUCCUGCACCGGGCCCACAGAAGGGUGGGGGUCCACAGUGCUGGCCUUCGCUAUGGGCGAGAAGUGGUGGGCACAGCAUCUAAACAGCCGGACAGAGGGAGGCACAGCUGGGCAGGAGGCCGGCAGUGGGAACAGCGCCAACAUGCGACCUCGCCUUCGUCAGACUCGGAGCCAGUCCAUGGCCUAG